AUGCUGGGCAUGGCACUGCGACUGUCGGUCCUGCUCGGUCUCCUCAGCUUUGGGAAAGGCCAGAUGUUUCACAUGGGACCAUGCCCAGAUCCAUCAGUCCAAGAAGACUUUGAUAUCAACAAGUAUUUGGGGAAAUGGUACGAGAUAGAGAAGCUGCCCUCAAGUUUUGAGAAAGGAAGCUGCAUCCAGGCAAAUUACUCCUUGAAGGAGAAUGGGAAAUUCAAGGUGAUCAACAAGGAGCUGCUUUCCAACGGCAAAGUCAGUGAAGUCGAAGGAGAAAUCAGGCACAUGGAUGUAAAGGAGCCGGCCAAGCUGAGCGUCCGCUUUAACUGGUUCAUGCCUUCUGCCCCUUACUGGGUCAUCUCCACCGACUAUGAAAACUACUCACUGGUUUACUCUUGCACCAACAUCCUCUGGCUCUUCCACAUUGACUACGCCUGGAUCUUGUCAAGAGCUCCCGAGAUGCACCCAGAAACCGUGGAGCACCUGAAGAGCGUUCUCCAGUCCUACAAGAUUGACACCGAGAAAAUGAUGCCCACGGAUCAAGUUAACUGCCCUCCCGAGAUGUAA